CAACGUAUAACGUUCUUUCCUAAAACUGAAAUUGCCCCGUCCCGAUUAUUAUAAUCUGUUUACUAUACUUGUGCCUUUCACCUGUAUUCUAAAAGCUCACUCACACUCAAUGACCACAGGUUCAAUCUGAGCUUCUGGAAUCUCUUGAGUGUGAACGCUGUUUUUGAACACCGGAGGGUGAGUAGUCAAACCUCCAGCUAUUCAAAAACAUCACUGACACUCAAGAGAAGUUCAGAUUGAACCUCCACUCUUUGAGUGUGCAUCAGUGAGCUUUUAGACUACAGGCGUUUAUUAAGGUCUGAAUUUAUUAGAAUAUUAAUCAUGCAACAAUCCAUAUUAAAAUAGCGGGACAAUUAAUUAAAUUGCCAUAUCAGUGUCAAUCAAAUAGUCGGUACCCGUUUUUUUUUGUUGUCAUGCACGAUCUUAAAUUCUCCAUUGAGUACGGCGUAGCCGCAUGUAGAUGAAAACUGAUGAAAAAUUUGUGUCUUCGAUUAUAAACGUACAGUAAGUUGGGCAAAAAAUAAUAAUAACAUAAAAAUGAUAACUUUAAACUUAUUGAUGCUAUUCAUAUAUAUUUUGUUGUGUGUACACAGGCUUUAAUACGACGCGGGGCUGCCCCCCCCCUCCCCUCCGUGAAAAUGAAGUCGGGCAAAUUAUUAAUUGGUUUUUAACGAAAUAGUUGGUACCGGCUUUUUUUCGUUGUCAGGAUCUUAAACUCCCCACUGAGUAUUGCGUGACUGCAGAGAAACAUGAUGAAAAAUUUGUGUCUUCGAUUAUUUUCUUGCUGGUUUUCAUUGGAAGGAUUACGGCAGAAGAAUGUCGCAACAAAUAUUUUAAAAUCAGCCGUGGUGAAUCCUUGUUCCCAGUUAUGAAACACAGUUUAUGCAGCAUGCCGUAAAAUAAUAUGUUUACAUGUGUAGUUGUUAUAAUGUUCUGAAUGAUACCCUCCAUAUCGUCAUACGCAGUUAUCUCAACAUUUUUUUAACUUUAUUUCAAAGAAGGUCCAUCGUUACCUCCCGAAGAGAUCAUAUCAAGCCAAAAUGUCGGACACCCUGUCGAUGUGAAUUGCCAUUUUCUCUGCUUCAGUGUAUCAAAAUGUGUUGGGUUUAACUUCAGAGCGGAAACAAAAGCUAUAAACUGUCAACUGACUAACACUACUAAGAAAAGGAACUAUAAAAAAAGAGGGAGAAUGGACGUUGUAUCUGGAUGACGAUUCCGUAGGCGUACGUAAAAAAUUGAAAAUGUAAAUUUUGCAAAUAUUUCAAAGAGACUGCCGAAGCAGUAAAUGUUUUAGAAAACAAUCAAAUUUGAUACUUGAGCUAGGUUCAUGGGUACUGCAUCUAUAUACUUUUCCUAGUUAAAUAGCUGCCUUACAUUUACUGCAGAUCAAUUUUAGUUAGUAGCUCAUAUGAUUGUAUAUUUUAUACAGGCAUAGUUUGUUUCGCAAGCUGUACAUGUUAGCGAUCCGUCAUGCUGCAAGAUACCAUAUGCUCAGGAACCAAUCAAAAUGCUGCCUGAUUGUGCAGAUGGACCGCCCUGGCGUAAUAAUAAUCAGAAUUAUUUAUGUUUCGGUAGUUUGAAAAUUAUUUUUUUAUCCUUUUUUAGGCAGAAAAUGAGCAAAGGAAAACACCAGCAGGUAUUGCAAGAUCACGCGCUUAUCGGCGCUGAGUUUUAGACCCCCUACUGAAGGUUGCCAUGCAGGAUAUUUAUCUUGAAUUGGGAGACCAUGUAAAUUGAUCAGAGAUCACGAUGGUCCGUUGUUUCUGAUAUGUGUUUCGAAAUAUCAUCCGGGUAAUGCACCCAUCGUAAAACCAAUCUUCCCAUCUUAUUCCGCGUCUAUACAGUGGCGCGUAUACAUGAAUGUGGCGCAGUGAAUAUUUGAAACGCCCUACAGUGUGCGGGGGGGGGGGGGCAAAGUUUUCAGUUUCAAGACUUGCAUGUUUAGAUAAGAUAUAUAACGUUAAAACAAACUGACUGUAUAGUGAAACUGCCAGGGCGGCCGAGAGGGGGCAGGGGAUGGGCAAUAAUUUUUUUUGGUGAAAUAUUUCCGCGCAAAGAGCAAGAUAAUUGGUUUUCUGGGCUAAUUACCGAAAUUUGGUAUGAAAAAUUGAGGUAAAAAAUUUGAAAUAGGGGCCCCUAAAAAAAAUUUUCCCUGGGCCCGCCAAGCUCUCGGCGACCCUGGAAACUGCGGACAAGUUUCAAAUCAAACACAGACGUAACUUACUCCUAUGAUAUUUAUCGUAUUUUCCAGUUUUGUGGGAAAACGUUGAGCAAGUUUAUCACAAAUCUGGUGAAAGAAAAGAUGGUGUAUACACAGUACAGCUUGACAUAAAUUUUGCUUUUUAUUAAUCUAUUAGUUCAAUUACCCACCUCAACUAGCAAAUCUAUCUCGACAACAUCGAAACCCGUGACAAAUUGUUCUAGUUUAUACAAAUCUGGUGAAAGAAAAGACGGUGUUUACACUAUCAACCCUGAUGGCCUUGGAUCUUUCCAAGUCAGAUGUGAUGUGCAAACAGAUGGUGGAGGGUGGACAGUGUUCCAAAGAAGACAAAACGCAAGUGUAGAUUUCUAUCGUGGAUGGCAAGAUUACAAAAAUGGUUUUGGUGAUCUUAACUGUAAUUUUUGACUUGGAUUAGAUCGAAUACAUCGUUUGACAAAAUCAGGACAAAAUGUUCUAAGAGUGGACUUGAUGGAUUGGACUAACGACACAGCGUACGCAAAGUAUGGAUCAUUUUCUGUGGCGUCUGAGUCUGACGGUUAUAGAUGAACCUACGUGGUUUUUCAGGUAAAUGUAUGUUUUGAUAAAUAUAAAUUUUAUAAAAUACAGUAUAAGUAGUCAGAAAGCCAGGGACGGACUAGGGUGGGGCUUCUAUGCCUUAAAGUCAAGUUACAAGAGGCAACUUUUGCUUUACCUACCAACGCAACUUGUGACACAAAGUCAUGUUAUCUAAAACGUAGUCACAUGAAAAAUGUCGGCAGAUUAAAACGCGCGCCAUAUACAAUUUCUCUUUCAGAACCAUCCUCAGAGAUACGAAAAACUGGUUUCAUAUUAAUGAUACAAUUUCUCAGUGACUACGUUUUGUAUUUAAGAGUGUGACACUAGUACGCAAGUACAGUAUUGCGAUGUUUUAAUAAUCUAUGUGAUUACUAAGGUCGUAAACCCAAAUCACGGACUAUUUAAAACAUUAAAAUAUGACAAAAAAAGGUUAAUAGUCAUUGAAAAGUGGACAAUACAGAGAACAGUUGCAAAUGUUUAAAACUUGUUGAUAUGAUAAUAUAGACAUUUAAACUUUUAAUUGAGCCUUAGAACUUUCAAAUAUUUUAAGGAAGUUUUUAUAUCUAAGGUAAUGCUGGUGAUUCGUUGACAUAUCACAACGGAAUGAAGUCACUACCUACGACAGAGAUAAUGAUCGAGAUGGCGGCAACUGCGCUGUGAACGCCCAAGGUGCUCGGUGGUAUAACUCCUGUCGUAACUCCAACCUCAAUGCUCUCUACCUCAAGACAAAUGAUAGAUCUUGGAAAGGAAUGAAUUGGUACAUUAGUGGAAAAACAAGAAAAGCUCUAUGAAGAAAACGGACAUGAAACUACGUCCUACUGGAUUUUAGAAAUCCCAGGAACGCGUUUCUUAUCAAACACACACUGAACAAUUGUGUAGUUACUAAUUCUACCGACAUAAAUUUAUAUAUCAAAUGCUUUUUGUCCCGCACCUACACCCGACGGAUUUAGCGUUUAUAAAUAAUAAUCUAAUUAAAUAUACGUACGCCAUGCGUACAUGUAUCUGCGCGUGUCAAAAAUCACAAUGAAAGCUCAGACUUAUUUACGUUGUUGAUACAAAAAUUGGCUGACACUUUGUUUUAUUUAGUUGUAGAAAAAUAAUAUAGAAAAGUUAUAUUUGUUAUAGUAGAGAAUAUAUUUGCAAUCGUCCGACUACAUUACGUCAUUUUUUCAUUGCUCGAAAUUACGUAACUCAAGUUAUAAACUACCUGUUCGCAGGUAACCCCUAUAAAAAUACAAAAUUACCUAUCCUUACUAUCAAGUUCUCUGUCAGUCAUUCCCAGUAACAGUAAUCUGAAUCCCACUUUCCCAGUCCAAAAAUAGGCAAAACCCCUUGAAGACCCUCUACACUAAGUAUUCUGAUGCUUACCUCCCCUACACUUUCCGCUCAUUAUUCGCCUUAAAGAAAAAUAUAUGCGCUUCACACACUGUUUCUCGUUAUUAAAUAUCCGUUGGAGACUAUAGUUACGUGUUCAAUUGUACAUGCAUGUGCUUUACAGUUGGACAAAUUGGCUAAUGCUAAUUGCCUUCACUGAUUUUGGAAUUAAACAUACACUAGACUAUUCAGACUAUAGAGCUUGAAGUUGUUGCUGAACGAAAAUACUGAGAGACAACUUCUUUACACUUUUAUUUAGCGUGUGGGGAUACUGUGGAUAGCCUAAAUUUCUGUUGACGUCGAUCUGUAUAAAUGGGAGAGACAUCGGGUCUCCUGAAUACUCAGUUGGCAAUUGUAGCUAGGUGCGCCCUGAAUACUAAAACGAUUUAUGGUAACUAGUACCCAGAAUUAACUGGGUACAGACACUAAAACUUUGAACUUUCGUAUCCCAGUUGGAUACUGAUGAAAUAAUUUAAAUUGAAAUCAUUUAAAUUCCAGAUCUUGCUUAUUAUGUAUCUUUAAUAUUUAUGUUCAAAACUCUACCAUUAAUGUUGCACAUAUGUUAUAAUGAGCGAUAUUUUUUUGAUCAGUUCACCUAAUAAAUGUACUUUAAGCAUGAUAUUCUUGCAAACUUAAAAGAAUUUGUAAAGAAUUCCAGACAUUGGUCACACACUCAUAAUUUGCUAUUGUCGGUAAGUUUAUGACGUCACAAUCAUCAUAAAUGUUUUGGUGUUCUGGCUUGAUAUGGCAACGUAAAUGCUUUACCGUCUUGCACUAUUCAGCACUCUUAUUUGCGAUCCAAAACCCUUAAAAAAUCUGACAUACACGGCUAGGAUUCCAACAAUAUGGCGCGGGCCAAUCACCGGCAUGCAAAGUAAACCACAACGGCAAAGGCUAUACGGCUCUUUACAUCAGCUGAGAGCAGGAUUCAUGAAAGCUAGCAGUUGAUUCUGACUUUCCACGCUUUUUCUAAUUAAUGACGUUUUGAACUCAAAACAAUGAAACUCGUGGCAAUACUGGCGUGUUGGUGUAACCUCACUCGCACAUUAAGAAGAGAGAACAUUCCUAGUCAUUAUCUAUCCAGACAACAUUUCUCCUUUCCAACAAGAACUAACUAGAAAAUGUUGGAACCUCUUCUAACAUGUCAACAGCGCCACAGUAGAUUUCCAGUGGUCACACCAACAUGACCGCCAUUGACUUGAUUUAUGCAUAGAGGCUGCACUAUCCAGUAUAUGUAAAAUAAUUUAACUGACACAGUCUGACUGCAUUUCGAUCAGGAUGAUUCGAGGUAAAAGUUUUAUCAAUGACCUUUCCCUGAAACUUUCGCCUUACAAGUUACGUGCACAGAGCGUGUGGUGCGGUAUAAAACAUUAGAGAGGUUAAGAUACCCCGGUUCCGUUUUACAGGUACGAGUAUCGCCAUUUUGUUUACCAAUUGUUGCUGAUGUCAGCAUUUUACCCGUAAUUUCUACCCGUUUCCCCGCGGUAAACCAUGGUCUGCACGUAAAAGACAAACGGGUACGGGUGUUUCCUGUUUACUAUUUGUGGGCCGUUUAAAUAGUUAUAAAAAUUUUCAACAUCUUACCCAAAUAAAUAAUGCACUUAUGCUUGUCAAAGUUUUCAACAAUCUAUGGCGAUCGCGCGAACCUGAAUAGCGAAAGUUGCCAUUCCCUGAUAGGUUUACUCACGCCGGAACAUCUUGGAUUUCUUAAGUUACAAGUCGUUCCCCGGUUUACGAGUACGGGUACGUGUAUAUCGCCCGUACCCGUAAACCGGAACCUGGGUAUCUUAACCUCUCUAAUAUGUUUGAGGCCGGAAUCACCUCAAGUAGUAAGCGCGCCAUAUUCUGCACAAAACACUCACCAUGAUUAAAAAUUCCGCCGGAUAUUUAUAUUACUAAUAUAAGUCAUUUUGUACUGGUAUAGCACAAUGGCAAUAUUGAUUAUUGAGUGUUAGUGCUUUCAUUACAGUUAUGAUAAUACAAGUUAAACUUGUAUUUAUAGCAGGCCUUAAGUUCUGGGAUAGGGUACAUUUUAAUUUACGUUGGACAGAGCUACAGUUUGGUCGGACACAAAUACACUCAGGUCGGACAAACAAUAAACCUCAAUUUCACUUUGGUCGGACAGAAUGUCCGGUGGUUUCCUGUCUACGUCGGACAAUUUCACGAAUGGGUCGGACAAUGUCCAUGACCGACCGAUAUUUUAAGGCCUGAAUAGUUUGCAUCUGAACUAAUUAUUUAUCCACGCUUUCCAACAGCAAAUCUUUCAUCACCAUUCGAACUAAUCAGACAGUCGUACCGCACUCACUGUUGCAGAUGUUGUUUUCAUUUCCAAAUUUAGCCAUGAGGGAACUGCAUUAUCCGGUCAACACGCAGUUGAAAUACAAGACUCUUGAAUCAACUGUUUAUUUCAAGAUCAGACAGCACGGAGUGGGAACUUCGUACACAACGGUAAGUCAAUUACAGUAUUGUUCACACUUGUGCAAUUUAGGUUAAAGGAUAUGCAAUGUUAGAAUUAUAGCUUCUAGCCUCUCAAAUUUAACCUCUCAAACCUUACUUACACUUUAUCAGUGCACUUAGCUAGUUUUCAUAUUAAUACGUCUUAUUUAACACAGCCGUUUAAUCAACUCUCCCCACCUAUUAUAACGAGCGUGCGAUAAUGCACAAGGUUCUCGAGUUCUGAAGUGGCCCUGAGAGCAAUGCAUGUAUUGUAUAAAAAAGAUACAAAUUUUACGUUUUGCAAACAUGUCGGCCAGUUGAUUGAAGUUUAAUUAUUUUUUUAGAAUAUUUACCAUGUAUAUCUCAGUGUUUGUUACCUUGGUCGUGUGGUCUUCACUCGGUCACCUGUGGUUGAGCGCAUCAGCUGAAUUGAAGGUUAGUUAUUCCAGUAACUUCCAGACGAAAGGCCUUCGCUCGAAACGUCAACGUUUUGCUUGUCAUGUUUUUUAGGUAAUUGAAUCACUCUCAAUCCGUAGUUUUCUCAUGUUAUUCCAAAUACUUAUGCAUGUUAUAAAGCAUUAGCUAUGAUGCUUAUGAUUAGCUGAAAUAUAACACACCGAUUAUAUUGCAGUCAAUUAUAGGUCAUGUAGUAGAUAUACUUUUCUAGAAAGUCAGUCUUCGCGGUUAUGAUCCUGGAAAAUGUAAUAAAACGAAUCAUGGCAAGUUAAUCAUGGUGAAAGAUCGUGACGAUAAUGACAAACUGUUGGUUUGUGCUGAAGAAAAAAAAGUUUAUCUCUGGAAAGCAACUGAUGGUAAGGUGUCAUAUUGUACUGAAUGUCACGGCAAGCCGACACAAUUAUUGAAUAAUGUUUAUUCAUUUUUUUACCAAUGGCCUUUUUCAAUGUUUGCUUGUUUUAGUAUCACAGGCGCACAUGAAGGUUAUAUCCCCAUGUUUCUUCGUGCAUGAAUAUAUUUCUCUUUGAUCUUGAGCCAAUCAAAAACCUAUCUUUAAUCAUGAGGAAAUAACAACAUGAAAACGAGGCCAUUGGGGCAAGAGUGCAAUAAACAGUACACAGUCUAUUCACAAACUCAUCAUAAUUUUACAUACGAAUUUUUACAAGGUUCCAACCCAACGGGAGAGUUUUUCAAUCCUGCAUAUGACUGUUCAGAUGCUCUCAACAAAAUCUCUGGGGCAAAGGAUGGGUUUUAUUGGAUCAAAUUAUCUGGAAAUGUUCCAAAAAAGGUACUUCUAUAUAUCAGUCAUGCUUCCGAUCAUGAUAAAGUUUACGAACUUGCUCUAUAACACUUUUUGUUCCAGGCGUAUUGUGACAUGAAUACUGACGGAGGAGGGUGCAUGGGCGCUAAUUGGUCGUAAAACAAACGCCGUCAUGUGGACAGUACCAUCCAAUAACAAGACAGUUGAACCAUUUGGCAAACCUCAUUGGUCCAGCUCACUUGGUGAUGCUCCAAUCGUCGAUUUCCGAGUUCAAGUGGCAACACAAGAAGAUUUCAGUGCAACAAGAGCUCAUUGGUGAGUACAUUAUUAACAAGAAAAUUUCAGUCUUAAGUUUGCUGUGCAAAAUGUUGUUUUGUGUUGAGCAGUAUUUUUUCAGUGUUUACACGCAAUCAUAACCGUUUACUGUUGCUCAUAUGUAUUAAGGUCAGAUUUCCUGUAAGAAUUCAAUUUUGCUUUAUACAACAUGAAGAAAACAUUAGAGCCGCAAGGGAAAUAAGUUUCUUUUAUAGUAAAUUAUGAUCAUGAUGAUCAUUGUGGAUACGUAAUAAAAAUAAUCAUAAUAAUGCUCAUGGAUGAUGGUAAUGGUGAUAUCAUGAAUAAUCAAUGUACGACAAUAUGUAUGAUGAGCGCUUUAAAAUUAUUUUCAUAAUUGCAUGUAUAGGUCAUUCAGACUAAAAAACAAACGUCCUUUAAAGAAACUUUUGAUGCUCAAUGAAGGAGGAUGUGGUAGAUUAUCGCCAGGAAUUGGAGAUAUUUCUUAUGUUAAAGAUCUUCAAACUGAAGAAAUUGUCACGACAAAAUUUCGCUGUUCACAAUUCAGUUCUCAUCAUUCCAAGUCAGAUGGUUAUGGUUGGGUACGUUUUUUAAGAAUACAAAUAUUUCUAAAUUCGAGAAUUAAGAAACUUUGAAUUAAACGCUGUCAAAAUUAUACAUUAUACAUCACAAUUCGUUAUAGGACAUGUUGAACAGUUGUUUGAACAGUCCGUGUUCAGCUGGCUUUGCCUUCCACACAAAGUAUCCAGUUCAAAUGGAUUUCUCAGGAGCUUUUAGGUAAAUUUAAAAAAUAAUUAUUAGCGUUGGGGCUUUCAACGUAUGCCACAUACUGUAUAACGGUAAUACAAUGAUCUAAUGCUGGACAUUGAAUCAUGUUUUUACAGCUAUAGUGCGUCUGGAAAUAUCACUUCGGGAAUCACUCAUGAGUCAACCUCAUUUGUUGGCUGUGAAAACCACAAAGUAAGUUUCUUUUCGAGUCUUGGUUAUGUACUAUUUAAAGCACGCGUAGGUGUGUUUUAUCAGAUAACGAGGCGCAGCCGAGCGUUUUAUAUCUGAUAAAACACGAUUACACUAGUGCUUUAAAUGGCUUAAAAAACGAUUCAUCUUAUAUGAGUUCUUUGGUGAAGUAAUUUUUAAAAUAAAUUUAUCUAAAUCGAGAAAAUUAAAGCUAAAGUUUAUGCAAAUUAACAUGAUUUUUUAUCACAUAUGAAGAUACGACACGCUUAUGAUUUUUCUUUGUGUUUUCCUCCUGAAUUAUUAAUCAGUUUUUUAAAUUUAAUUAUAAUCCUGGGUAACCUUAAAAGCAAAACGCAUUAUUAAAUAAUUAAUUUGUAAAUUGGCCAACCGUAUUACUUUAUCUUGCUUGCAUAUGAUACCGGAGAGUUUUUGAAGUAUAUUGCAUGAUCCAGUCUUAAUACAGUAUAUAGACUCCUACAGCAAUGCAUUUUUUAAAUAAUUAAUUCAGUCCCAGGACUUAGUCAAAAUUGAAUUCGUUGAGUCUAAUAAUGAUCUAUAAGAAUGAGAUUUCAUUUCAUUUCAAACCCUAAAUUGAUUCCGGAUUGAAUGGCCAGAUGUUCUCCUAGUUAGCUGGAACAAAUUACUCAGAACUGCAAAUUUGAUCACAGACACCAUAAAAAGUUGAUAUCAAUUUUCUGACCACUUUAGUGUUGUGGUUGUUUUGGUCCUGUUGGUAGCAAGAAAAAUUACUGUGGUACUGAAUGCAGAGGUAAAAAUGGUGGAACUAUUGAGAAGAAUGUCUAUACAUGGUUUUGGGUGAGAUCAUCGCUACCAAAAAGAGUCUGGAACAAAUGUAUGGAGUAUAAAGUGACAGUUGCUCAAGGGAAAGUGGUUUGGUACAAGUUAUAUAAUGGAAAUUCCAUUCCAGUGAUGGUUGGUUCUCACUUUUCGUUCAUUUUUUUCCAUGAUGAUAACUAUUAACAAUGCUAAAUAAACAUUGGGUUUGUAGGUUGUUUUCGUUAACUUUUGAAAUAAAAGUAGUCAAUAAAGGACCGAGCCUAAAAGAACAUAAUUUUUUGUGUCUUUUUAGGGUCGAUGUGAUCAGAAUGAAAUUCUUCUGAACGAUGGUGUAAGGCAUUGAUACGUUAUACACAGUGUAAUGAAUAUAAUUGAAAAACCUCCUCCAACCGGAAAUUUGAAGAGAAACUUGAAGGCCCGUCCCAGUCUUUUCACGCAUGUGAAAACGUGGUCAAACAUGAAUUGUGUUUUUGAAAAUCGGCUUCAAGUUUACACAAAAUGCUUUUUAACCAGUUAAUAUACUCAUUUUGCUGGCUAAACAUAAAACAUAAAUGAAGCGUAAUAUUUUUUCAUGCUAACACCAGGUCCAUUUGCAAUUCCCCUUAUUACGUUUUCGUAGCGCUUUGCAUUGUGGUUAUAGUACGUGGUAUCACUGAUAAAGAUAGCGGCCUCGAAUGAAAAUAUUGAAUGUUUUCGCGAAUAUUUUGCUGUUGGCUAUCGCGCACCUGACCCUAGUCUAGCUUCUUGAAUAUUAGUUAUACCACUGUCAGGACAAAAAAUAAGCCUAGCUUCUUGAAUAUCAGUUAUACCACUAUUUCGAUUAUGCAAAGCGCUACGAAAACGUAAUAAGGGAAAUCUAGUAUUGAAACCACUGAUCUCGCUCAUUUAUAGAACUGGACAAACUAAAUAUGCCUAGUUCUAUACCUAGUUCUAUAUAUACCUUAUGCUUUACAAUCCUUUGCAGAUCGUUGUUGUCCCCGAUAGUGCCGCUGCCAAGAAAGUGCCGCCUGUGCCAGGGUUAUUGGAAUACCGCAAGGACACCAAAGAACUUUAUGUAAGAUCCAAUGAAACAUGGAAUGUAAUUGGUCAAGGAAAUAAGGUAACAUUGAUAUACCCUUCAGUUCGUAAUUAAACAUCCUGCAGACCUGCCAAGUUUGGAAGACCUAAAAACGUAAGGUUUAAAUUUUUCCAUGCCAUCAAAACUGGAUAUUUAAACAAAAACCUAAAUCUUGAGACAAGAGUUAGACAGUUGGAAGUUGGACUUUAGCCCCUCUUAUAAGUAUUUUAAAUUUCAUAAAUUAUCAUAUUCACAUUGACUCGAAGAAUAUUGUAGCAAAAACUCAGUCAAUUUGGGUAUCAGUUACAUAUCCCCAAAACUUUAUGUCAAAAUACUGACUCGUCCCCAGUCGCUUACCCAACGCGGCAUUCCCAUGGUCCUUUGUGUUAUACUCAAUUUCCAUCGCAUUUCCAUGAAUCAUUGCACGAAUAAGCAACGUUAGGGCUUGAGGAAGAGUCAUACCAGAAUACGCAAGAGAAUCAGUCCUGCAUGGAGAUCCAACAAUGAGAUUUUAUGGGCAAACUCCCGCAAAUUACGAACGGGAAAUUGAUACCUUUUUUCAGAAAGCGGUAUCAAUUUCCCGUGCGUAAUACAAAAUGACUGAAAAACGGCAAACUUCGCAGUGCUAUAUUAUCCGCAUUUUACAACAUUUCGCAACGAAACAUCGGAAUAUUACUAAUUUUGUGAUGCUCUUUCAAGCCGUGAUGAAAUUUUUGUCUAGACUUGUCUAGAUCAAAAUUUUGAUCAUUAGGGAAUAGGUCCAUUGAGCGCGUUCUCUUAAAUCGCUUAUUAAUAUAAUAAAGUUUAAAUUUAGGAGAACAAUGCGGAAAUGAUGAAACCAAUGUUGGACCAGGUUGAAAAAAGGGCAAGUAAAAUUAUUUUAAGAUUAAAAACGGUUUUAGUUAUACAGAAAAGAAUGAGAAAGCAGAACGAGGCAUUACAACGACACUAAUAUCUUGAUAUUUUCUACCAUUUAGCUUAAUAUAAAAUUGGCAAAGCUCGAGAAAAAUCUGGCUGAACUCAAAACACAGUUGGGAAGGGUAAACAAGACUGUCAACGCCGAUAAUACCAAGGAUUUGGGUGGGCAAUGCGCUUAUUUUAUAUUGUUAUUUAGUCUCUUAAAUUCAAAUUAUCCCUACACAAUACUCACAAUCUCAAUAAAAGUUCAACAUUUACAAUGUUAUUUGACUUCGAUAACUUAUCAUACUAUGAAGUAUGAACACGGUGGGGGGGAUGGGACCAAUUUCGUUUGGCCCAAUUUUGUAAUUUUUCAAAACGGAGUCGUGUAACUUCUUAAUGUAUUCAUCCAUGACAUAAAUAUUUCAAAUCUGUGGCUUUCAGACUUUAAUUGAUGAAACGUGUCUAAAAUGCAUUAAAUAGCGUUUCGCAGAACCUAAAAACAGAGAAAUUCCCCUGGGAAAAAUGUCCUCGACCGACCAGACGAUUAGACCUUCCUACUCCUACCCCUGAUUAUGAGAAAAUUUUAAUCAAUCCACAGAUCCACCACAGCUACUGCUUUGAAAGUGUUUAUUCUAGGUAUUUUGGUCUGAACAGUUUUGGCGAAGGUUUUGCAAUUUACAUCUUGACAACACAUUUUUAUUCCAUUAAUCCAAUAGUUCAACCCACCACAAGAAAACCUAUCUCGACAACAGCGAAACCCGUGACAAGUUGUUCAAGUUUAUACAAAUCUGGUGAAAGAAAAGAUGGUGUUUACACUAUCAACCCUGAUGGCCUUGGAUCUUUCCAAGUCAGAUGUGAUAUGCAAACAGAUGGUGGAGGGUGGACAGUGUUCCAAAGAAGACAAAACGCAAGUGUAAAUUUCUAUCGUGGAUGGCAAGAUUACAAAAAUGGUUUUGGUGAUCUUAACGGUAAUUUUUGGCUUGGUUUGGAUAAAAUACAUCGUCUGACAAAAUCGGGACAAACUGUUCUAAGAGUGGACUUGACGGAUUGGACUAGUGACACAGCGUACGCAAAGUAUGGAUCCUUUUCUGUGGGGUCUGAGUCUGACAGUUAUAAACUGAGCCUAGGUAGUUUUUCAGGUAAAUAUGAUUUGGUUAAAUAUUAAUUUUUAAAAUACAGUAUAAGUAUAGAGACGAAGCAAGGGAUGGGGUGUGGCUUAUAUGCCUUAAAGAUGCG